UCAAAUGGAAAACGUCACCACUCUAAAUAGAAAUGUUUUAAGAGAAGGAGCGGAAGGGAAGUCGCAGUUUUUCUACUUGAACGCAGUAUUUGCUAGUUUGGAAUUGUAUAUCGAAAUAUAAACUUCUGCCUGCACCUGCGGCGUAGAAUCAAGCGAGAAAAAUGUCAUCUGGGCCGAUUUUGAAUCCUCCAAUCCCUUUUGUGGGAGCUCUCGAAGGUGGGUUAGUACCUGGAAAAAUGGUAAAGGUUCAAGGCAAAGUUCCUGCCGAUGCUGUGCGUUUUGCUGUGAAUUAUCAAUUGGGACCAACGUUAAAUCCAAGGGAUGAUAUUGCCAUUCAUGUGUCACCACGUUUCACAGAAGGAUUUAUUACUAGAAAUCAUAUAGUAUCAAUGACUUGGGGCCUAGAAGAAAAUGAUGGUCCUAUGUGGAUACAACCUGGCCAAGAAUUUGAGAUACUACUUUUAUGCGACUUUCCAUCUUAUAAAAUCGCCAUAAAUGGCAGACACUUUGCAGAAUUUGUUCACCGGUUACCGUAUGAAAAAGUAACACAUUUGGUCAUCGACGGUGAUGUAGAAGUGCAGUCUAUAUCAUAUGAGAUUGUUCCCAUUGAUCCACCUCGUUCUCCUCGAAACGUAUCUGCUCCAGAUAUACCUGCUGCUGAUUUUGGACCGCCACCGCCUGGAGGACUAUAUCCUACAAUACAAGGUGGAUAUGGUCCACCACCUCCAGUUCCAGGAGGUUAUGGGCCUCCUCCCCCUGGAGGACCUGGUUAUAAUCCACCAAGAGCAUAUGGGUAUCAGCCUGGAUAUGAGAAGCCUGAGGAAGAAGAUGCAUUUAGUGGUUGUUUGGAUAAAGUUGGAUUAGCGAUAGGGGGAUUAGUUGCAGCAGGAGGCAUAGCAGCUGCCGCACAUGCUCUAAAUAAAAAGAAAGGGGAUGUUGAAGAAGAUCAAGAAAAAUCUGACGCAUCCAAAUCGAAAACAGAGAGCGAAAGUGGCUUGGGAAAUCUUGGUUCUCUUGGCGCAGCUUUAGCAAGUAGCUUAGUGACCAAUGCUUUAAGUAAUUCGCAUGCACAACAAGGCUAUCCCGCCCAGCAACCAAGCGGUGGUGGCGGUGUAUUAGACUCUAUUCUUGGAGCAUUAGGUGGCAGUGGUGGGCAUAGCGCAGCACCACCACCUCCUCCAAGUCAGCCAAGUGAUCCAUUGACAGGAGCCUUAGGAUCUAUUAUUGGUGGUGUUCUUGGAGGUGGUGGAAAUCAACAACCAAAUUAUCAACCUUCAGGAGGUUAUGGAAAUUAUCAACCCUCUGGUGGAUAUUCUAGCCAAUCAUCAAAUUCAGAUCUUUUAUCUGGGAUAGGAUCAGCUUUGUUUAGUUCUGCUUUAGGAAGUCUUACCAAGCAUGGUAAAGAUAAAUCUCAUGAAGAACAUCAUUCAACACCAUCAUCAACUUAUAGACCAAGUACUCCACCACCUGUACAACCUCCUGCAUCUUCUGAUAGUCCUGCUUCAGGAAAGAAAUUAACUGCCGAUGAAAUUUCAAAAGGCCUAGGUUUGGAAGACUAAUGUAAGUUGAGAUAAAAAUUCGUAU